AAUAAAACUCACACAGAACGGUCAGCAUCCACGUGACACCCGCCAUCAUUUAAAUGCAAAUCAGUUUUCUCCAGGUGUGCACGAGCUGUCUGCAGCGCGAGGAGCUGACGCUCACAGACACACAGACACAGACAGACUGACACAGAGACUGACGGCGGAAAGUGUUUUAAUGUGGGACGAGAAGUGAGCGGGACUUGACUGAGCAGCAGAGACCACCAACACUUCUGCUGCAGCGCUAAACGGAAGGCACGCGCUGUUCCCGCGAACUCGCACCGAGGCGUCAGCAGCUUCACGCUGAGCCGUUUCGCAGGAAAUCGAAACGCACGCGCUGGGUUGAUAAGCCGUCAGAGGAGCGGAGAGUAAACAGAGUGGAGAAACCGCACGCGGGGAACGGAGAAGACUGAGCAGAGUUUCCACGAAGCGGACAUCAUGACAACGGUCACCGAGCGGCUCCGGUUGUUCAUACUCAUACAGUGUCUCCACACCGGAGCUUUAGUUGACUCCUCUUCUCUUUCCUCCGCCAUGCUGUCCAUCUCCUACAUGGCGGGGGACCAGGCGAUCCUUCCCUGCAGCUGGAAGUCCCACCUGGGUGAGGCGGCUCUGCCCGUCUGCCACGUCCAGUGGGUGACCCCGUCCGACACGGUGUUCGAACAGCGCGGGAACGAGAAGUGGCAGGCGCCGGAGUUUGAGGGCCGGGUGAGGGUGCCCGAGGAGAAGCUGGGGUCGGGGAAUUGUUCCCUGAUCAUCAGCGACGUUCAGCUUGGAGACACGGGGCGCUACGACAGCUUCAUGGUGUUGGACGGAAAGAGGUCCGCAAGAACUCGGGUCUUCAUCCAGGGCGUCAGGCUGCUCGUGAGCGAUCAUAAAUCCUCUCAGUCGCAUCAGCCGGGCGAGGACAUGGUGCUGCAGCUCUACACCCGUCACUCAGUCAGAGUGGUCUUCCAGGCCAGAAACGACUCGCAGUGGUCGGACCUGUGGAUGAGGGGCGAUGACAACAGUCAGCGCCUGGAGAAGCACCUGCUGCUCGAGCAGCUGACGGUGAAGAGGUUACAACCAUCAGAUGAUGGAAUCUACAAAGUCCUGGACCAACAUGGCCUCGCCGUCAGCACCGUGCAGCUCUCUGUGGAUGCACGAGCUCGUUCUGACCGGAGAGUCCAGGAGAAGCUGGAGUACGUUCCCACAGAUGUUGCUGCCAAAAGCAGCUGUUCAGCUCUCCUCACCCUGGCGGUUCUCGUCCUGAGUUUCCAAACUCUUCAGCUUCUCUGAGUUUCCUCUGCACGAGCUGCACGAGCUGCACGCGCGUGUGUGUGUGUGUGUGUGUUGCCUGGUCUUCAGAAUGAGUGUAACAAGAAAAGACGAGUGUGUUCAUUUUUUCUUGUGACCCUCAAUCAUCGGCCGGCUUCUUAGAAACGCAGCCGCGGCUCCGACUGCGACGCAGAUCGUGUAGAUUGACACUAACCUGCCGCCUGUCUGUUUACCUCUAAAUGAGCCGAGCUCCGAUCCUGAUGAGGCAUCGUUUACAAAAGGCACCUUUUAGGUUGCCAGAUCUGAGAAAAUCCUCCUCCAUCAUGACUCUCUGCCUUUUUAGCUCUUUAUUUCAUUAUGGAGACCCCUGCAGUGAAGUGAUCACCUCUGCUCUAGAGAAGCACCAGACCUCGUCACCACGGAAACCACUGCCGCUCCAACGGAGACAAAGAUGCAACGGUUUCAGUCAUUUUCCGAGCAAAAUGAGUGAAAGAUUCAAAACAACAUAUCCAUGAAUCAGAGAAACUCUGACGUGUUUCAGCACAAAACAGUCAAACAGCUCAGUGUGAACGUCGGCGUCUACAGAUCCAUUAAUAAUGACAGCACCGCCACAUAGUGGCGUUUGAGCCAGACUAAAAGUCCUUGGAGCUCUACAACACUCAGACGAGCAGACUUCACUGACCGUGGGAAAUCAGCACCUUCCUGCCCAGGCGUCAGAGUUUAUUUGGGGGGGGGAUCACUGAGAUAAAGAGGUAAAUGAAUGAGGCAAAGUGUGAUGACGGAGGGCGGAGCACAUCAGCAGCUCAUUAACCUUUUGGAAAUGGUGCCUUAUGAGGUGACUGCUCCGGCCGAUUUCAGCUGUUAAGAAUGUAAAGAUACAUAUUUGUAACAUAUACAGUAUAUUUUGUUAAAUGUAUAAAAACCACUGUCAGAUUCAUCGAUGUGUGAAGAGUGUCUACGCACAAAGGGCGGAGCCACUGCAGAUCAGAGUCAUAAAUCCAGAGAAGAUGAAAAACAUUUUCAAUGAAAGUAUUACGUUUAGAAGAAAACUUGUUACAUUUGCAACAAAACUCUUUUUUUUAAAUCGCUCGUUGCCCCGCGUCCAACAUCACCAUGGCAACAAAGACGUCGCCGCUGUGGAUCAGCUGGUGUUCCGGGCUCAGAGGCGUCUGUGCUGUGAUGAGCUAAGAAACACUUCUAAUGAUUUUUCAUAAUUUAAAAUUAUUUUAAUCUUUUGCCUUUUCUCGUCACUUUCAGGACAUCUCUGCACUUAGAAGCCUCGGUGAGCUUCACAGGAACCCUUUAUUGAUGCGGUCGAUCAGAUUUGUCCUGCUGUAGCUUUAAACAUCUUUUCAUUCUGUAUCAGUCAGACGCAGUUAAAUUAAACGACGUCCGAGAGCUUCAGUUAUCAUUCUAGUCGCACCGCGGUGCGUUCGAGGACGCUGUGAUUUCUGUGUUGUGUUUGUGACAUUCAGACUGCUUUCCACAGUGAACUAUAAUCAUUUAAAUUAUUAUGAUGAUCUUUGUGAAUAACAACAAUAAAUAAAGUGCACAGACA